AUGAAGCUCGAUGCCGAGUCCAGCAAGGAGGGCGACAACGCCACAGGAACACAACCUGUGCAAUCCACAACGGUGCACACGCUCCUCGGGCGCAUAAAGGCAUGCCAGAUGGCGGCGAGAGUGGAGGCGACGAUAUACCGGGAGACGGAGCUGAGCAUCAUGCGUGAGAUAUCGGUGGUCAGGUCGGAGGUGCGGUUCAUGAUCCGCACCAAGAACGAGCGGGACCUCAAGAACUGCACCGAUCGGCGUUGCGGAACCAUUGGCGAUACCUACACCGCAGAACAGUUCCGCCAGAUCAUGUUCAGGGUGCUGCCGACGUGGGCGGCUAAGGCUUGGAACCCGCGGGGUACGGGCCCGUCGCAGACGCUGUGGCGGUUUCUGCUGUUGAAGGUGCUCACGCUACUCUCCCACCAUUCUCUCCUGCGCGGGGCAAGCAUCCGCGAGAUCACGCUCCCCGACAUAUUCUUGUACCGACUGGCGAGCACCUCGUCGGUGAACCCGGAGAACCAGCCGGUCGUCAUGGCCGGUUACUCUGGUUACAAGCAGGACUACUUCUUGGGCCGGAGCAGGGUGGAGCCCUCCGAUAAGCUCUUGAAGCUCCUCGCCGAGCACAUCUUCCCCGGCGUCGACGACAUGCUGAAGACGGCGGAAGGGAAGGCUGCCGAGGGGUCCGACGCCGACAAAGCCGCGGUGCACUUCUGGCGCACACUCGCGAUGCUGCGCCGCAUCGUCGCCGAGGACCUAGCGGUGAAGCUGGUCCGCACACCAUGGCACCGGAUCGCCGAGCCAGGGUUCAUCGACCGCCACACCCUCCUCGCCGGCGCGACGCAGGGUGCACUCAACAAGAGGGUGCGCCGCAUGCUGAAGGUCAUCGAUGCGGUGCGCCAGCUACGCGCGAGCGACGGCGAAGCCGACAGCGAGGCCGUGGUCGACACACUGCACAGGAUCGCGGCAUCGGGCAUCGGGACCUUCGCCGAUGCCCUCACGGUGCUCAAACCGGGAACGGCACCGAUGUUGUCCAAAGAGGCUGGCAUGGGAGUCAAGGGGCUGGGCCCCAAGGUGGUCUCGAAGCUACGCCUCGCCUGUGUGCUUGUGGCGCUCAACCUGAAGCAGAGUGAUUGGGUCGAAACCCUGUUUCCAAACACGUGGGAGGAGCAGAUGCCGAAGACCAAGGCCGACCUGGCGAAGCCGACGGCACCGGCCAAGUCGACAGCACCGGCCAAGCCGACCGCUCCGGUGCACCGUCCUCCGACCAAGCGGAAGAAGUCGGCAUGA